AGAGUAUUUAGAACCGACGUUUUUAUGAAUUAGAAAUUAUCAUGUCACAUACGCAGAAUAUGUAUAAAGUAGGAGAUUAUGUUUACUUUGAAACUCCCGAGAACACCCCAUAUCAGAUCCGUCGAAUAGAAGAUUUGAAUAAAACUCCGUCCGGUCAAGUAGAAGCUAGGGUAACUCUGUUUUACCGGCGUCGAGAUAUCUCCUCUGCCCUUCUGAAGAUUGCUGAUCAAGCUGAGAGGAGAUUCGAUGAGUAUUAUGAGGUAGACAAGCCUAAGUCUGAUAACAAGUAUGGUUCAUCGGGACAUACAGUGGCCAAUGGAGCAGAUGCCAAGAUUGAGCUUAGUGAAGCAGCUCAUAAGCAUGAAGCCAAGGAAGAUAGUGAUGACUGCAUCGAUUGGGGCAUAGCUGGUUUACCAUUAGGCGUUGAAGCUCUCAGCGACGACGAGAGGCAUCGAAUGAGGCAGAGGGAACUAUUUCUGUCCAGGCAAGUAGAAACCCUUCCAGCUACUCUAAUCCGUGGAAAGUGCGCGGUCACGUUGCUUAGUGAAGUUGAGACAGUGUCGAGCUACGAUGGAGAAGACAAAUUCUUCUACUCCCUCGUAUAUGAUCCCAGUCAAAUGACUUUGCUUGCGGACAAAGGCGCUAUUCGUGUUGGUGAGAAGUAUCAAGCUGAAGUUCCUGAGAGAAUGGAAUGCGAUGACAAAACCGAAAAUGGCGAUGGCGAUGAGCUAAUGAUCGACGAUGAAGAGGAGCAUAGUGAUAGUCUACGACCAACAGUUCGACCUCCGACGGAAACCGAGAGGGAGGUGCUCGUUUAUCAUCCUCAUCAUUCGCUAACGGACAGGGAUAUGGACCAAUUCUUAAUCGUAGCCAGAGCAGUCGGAACCUUCUCACGUGCUUUGGAUACUUCUUCAUCCACGAAGUUGCCAUCUCUUCACAUGACUGCAGCAGCUGCAUCUCGUGAUGUUACCCUUCUUCAUGCUAUGGCUUUACUUCAUCAGGCUGGAUAUGAUAUCGGCCAGGCUGUGAAGUAUCUCGUUCCUCCACCUAAUAAAAGCUAUUAUCCGUUGGAGGCGGAUAAAGCUACCGGUCAUAAUACUGUUAGUCUAGGAGGGCCUAUUCUGUGCAGGGACCAGAUCGAAGAAUGGUCUGCAGCAGAGGCGAAUCUUUUCGAGGAUGCACUCGAAAAAUACGGCAAAGACUUUUCUGAUGUACGAGUCGAUUUUCUUCCAUGGAAAUCUCCUCGUGACAUAGUUGAGUAUUAUUAUAUGUGGAAAACCACUAAUCGUUAUGUCGAGCAGAAAAAGAAGAAAAAUGCAGAGCAUGAGAGCAAACUCAAGCAGGUCUAUAUCCCAAAUCACUCCAAAACACCCGGAACGUCUGUUAAAGGAAGUGAACCAUGCGAAGGUUGCAAGACCACAGAGAGCAGUGCGUGGCAUGCUUGGGGUCCAACUAGCCUGCAACUGCGUCUCUGUCAAGAAUGUUGGUGGUAUUGGAAGAAGUACGGUGGCUUGAAAGAGCGGCAUCAACACGAUGUUCACGAAAACGCCAAACCUGCUUCAAGCCUGCCAAACCCACCAGCGGCUGGUAAAAGCUCCUCAGCAGCACAGCAAAAUCGACCCAUUGGUACUGGUCACGUGAUUGCUCGAUUACCUCCGAAUCAUCCUCUUCUGUUGGCUGCAACUUCUGGGUCCACAUUGAAUGUUGGUAAUCCCAUGAAAGGAAAGCAGCUGAAGGCACCGUUCACCAUGCGACCAUCACUGAUGUACAGAGUAGCGCGCAGAGUGUGCCCGAGAUCGCUGCUGAAUUUACGUUUCGCUGCAAGAAGGCCUACUCACGAAAUCAACCUGAACAAUGUGAAAAGCUACUGCUACUCCUUAGAAGCAGGGAAUGCUGUGCUCUCCGCGGCUACACAAAUCUGCCAGCUCCAUAAUCGCAACUUGCCAUCUACCUUCGCUCAGAAUUAUACACUGCAGGCGGCUCAACAUCACCAACAGCAGCAACAGGCUCUUAAAAGGCCAGCUAGCUCUGCUGGCGUAGAGCCAAGCGCUAAACGCGAAAAAUUGCAGGUAGGGUCAGUCGCGAAUGCCGCAGUCGCAGCUGCUGUCAGCCCUUUCUCCUCCAUUGCUGCUGUUGCUCCCACCGGUGUGCUAGCCCAGAAGCAAAGCAAGUGGGACUCGGUAUGGCGGUGGCAGCCCGGAGGCCAGUUCGUGUUUCUCGCUGGACCGCUUUUCCGGCGCCGUCGAGCUGAGUUGUUGCCUCGCGAAACUCUCGGUCAUCAAGUCGGGCGAAGAGCACUCAUCGCUAAAGAGAGUGAUGUCAGAGUUGCCAACCAAAUCAAAGCUCUCCUCCAUUUCCUUCCGCCUAUGCCGUCUGAAAAUCCGCCUCGUCGAGUGCAAACUCAACCGGUACAGGCAAGGGCUCUAUAAUAAUAUUUUUAUCUGUCGCUUGCUCUCAGUAGCUCAUAAGUAAUAUGCAUGAGCAUUUCCCUUGUCUUACUUCUUGAAUUCGCUGUUCAGUUGAGUGCUUCCGUCUCAUAUUUAGCGUUGCCCUUGGCGCAGUAGGUGCAAACUUUCUCUAUGGCACAAGGUUUGUUUGUCAUUUCAUCAGUACAGUGAUCUUGGACGUAGGAUUGUAGAUAGUUCUUACACGGUUUGUCCUCUUCUUCUGUUAUGAAGCGGAGAUUAAUUUCAUUUUUUGAUGUAAAAAUGCUGUGUAAUACAUGAAUCGAGUACAACAAUCUGGUAUAAGUUUAUUUCCGUUCGUCAUCCUUUAAUAAAUAUUUGUUUUCAAGGUCAUAAAUCUUCAG